AUGAAUCCUGCAGACGACUACUUACCUAAGACGCCGUCUGUUGACGAUUUCAAGCCCAACUCAUUUCACGAUGAGGACCUUGUUGCCGCAGAGGGUCUGGACGAUUCGAUUGAGACAACGAAUCCUGGCACGGCAGUAUGGCUCAUCGCGUGCACGGUAUCCAUGGGCGGGUUUCUCUUUGGAUACGACACAGGUGUAAUCUCCGCCGUCCUCGUCAGCCUUGGGGCCGACCUCGGCCAGACCCUCUCCUCGAAUGACCAGGAACUGAUAACUUCUAUCACUUCGGGGGGUGCCUUAAUCGGCGCCGUCCUGGCGGGUAUGACCUCGGACAAGUACGGACGGAAACUGGCCAUCUAUAUCGGCUGUGCGGUCUUCUUUGUGGGAACCAUCUUGCAAGCCACGGCAUUCUCACUUGCCCAAAUGGUGGUUGGCCGCAUGGUUGUUGGGUUCGGCGUGGGUGAGGCCGCAAUGAUUGUUCCUCUCUAUAUUGGCGAGAUGGCACCUGCUCGUUUCCGCGGACGAUUGAUUGUGUUUGAUAACAUCUGCGUUACCUUUGGCCAGCUCAUUGCGUAUGCCCUCGGAGCCGCCUUCACUGACGUGCACCAAGGCUGGCGGUACACCAUUGCGAUCGGUGCAGUUCCUGCCAUCGCGCUGGCAGCCACGAUGCCCUUGUGCCCGGAGACGCCUCGGCAGCUAAUUGCCCAUAGUCGUGAUGACGAAGCCAAGAAGGUAAUCCGAAAGAUCUUCCCGCAUGCCACCGACCAGCAGGUGGUUGCAAAGGUCCGAGUGAUUCGACAUUCGAUUGAAGAGAGCACUGCCUCCGUGUCGGACAAGAGCCUCUGGUGGCAGGCCAAACAGCUCUUCACGGUAGGUGCCAACCUGCGGGCCUUGGUCACGGCGUGCUCCGUUAUGGCUGUAUCCCAACUAGGGGGGUUCAACACGCUCAUGUACUAUUCCGCCACACUGUUCUCCCUAGUGGGAUUCAACCAAGCCACGGCUGUUUCGAUCGUUGUUGGAGCAACUAAUUUCGUGUUUGGAUUCCCCAACUUUGCCUUUAUUGACCGCUUUGGGAGACGAUCCAUGCUUCUGGUCACCGUCCUGGGGAUGUCUCUCUCUCUAGUCGUCGUUGCGAUCGCAUUCCAUUGGAUCCCCGUCAACUCGGACUUGAGCGACACUGGACCGCGCGAGAUGACCUGGGCUAGUGUCCUUCUCCUGGUUGCGCUUAUCGUCUACAUUGCCUUCUACUCUGCCGGCGUGGCUCCAAUCUCCUGGGUAGGUACCGAGUUCCUCCCCUUGGAGGUGCGCGCACUUGGCACGAUGGUGAACACUGUGACCUGCUGGGGCUGUAACAUCAUCAUCUCUUCGACGUUUCUGUCCAUGAUGAAGGCCAUGACCCCCAGCGGGGCGUUUGGGUUUUAUGCGGGCAUCUGCUUUCUCGGGUGGAUCUUCGUCAUUUUCUGCUAUGCGGAGGUCCACAACAUGCCUCUGGAGUCGGUGCGGGAGAUUUACACGCACGGCUUCGGGUCGUUAGCUCUGAGCCGAUAUCAACACACCACCAGCCCACCCCAUUUCUUGUCCUCCACCCUUCCUUCUUCAUUUCUGCUGUCUUCGGGGGUAUUUUGCUCUGGCGUUACUGCAAAUCUUUCCAGACACCCCACAAGAGCAGGUUCAGGCGCAGAAAUUGGUAGCACUCCUAACUGGAACUUCCUACGCAUCGGUCGAAGCCACUGCACACCAACGACAAUGGCACUCUCAACAUUCAACAAAGAGCUGCAAGUGGCCUGUCUCGCCGUUCAGCGAGCCAGCAUUGUCACCAAGACCAUGCUGACCGAGGUUGACAAGGGAUCUACCGAGAAGGCGGACGCAUCUCCAGUGACUAUAGCCGAUUUCGCAUCACAGGCGAUCCUCAUCAGUGCGAUCCGCCACAACUUCCCUGCCGACAAAUUUGUCGCGGAGGAAUCGGCAUCGGCCUUGCGGAGUGACCCCGUCCUAGCCGACCGGGUAUGGCAGCUGGUAUCCACGACCAAAUUACAUGAUACGGAGAGUGAAGAGGUCGUCGUGGCCCCCUCGUCGCUAGAAGAGAUGUUGAGCGUCAUCGACAUAGGCGGCGAGGGCGAAGGGUCCGGCCAUGCACGCACGUGGUUCUUGGACCCCAUUGAUGGGACAGCAGCGUUCAUUCGUGGGCGUCAGUACGCAGUGUCUGUGGCCCUGGUCGAGAAUGGCGAGCAAAAGGUCGGCGUCGUCGGAUACCCCAAUCUGCACUUCCAAAGCUCCGUAGUCCACGAAGACAUUGUUGAUCAGGAAAGCUUCGGCCUCAUGUUGUCAGCUGUCAAGGGGCUAGGUGCGUACAAGCGUUCGAUGAGCAAGGAGCGUCUGCAGGCGCCCGUGAAGGUGUGCAACGUCCUGACGCGGACUGAUGCCGGCCAGCCGGACCUGGUGUUUGCCGAGAGCAUGGAAAGCCCCUACAUCAACCAGCGGCUACACCACGUCGUCCGCGAAAGACUGGGCGUCACCAAUCCAAUCACCGACUUGUGGUCCAUGCAGGCCAAGUAUGCGGCCCUCGUGGUCGGCGGGUGCAACGUGAUGGUCCGCAUCCCCCGAAGUCCUGAAUAUCGCGCCUAUGCCUGGGACCACGCGGGAGGGAUGUUGAUCUAUGAGGAAUCAGGGGGCAGGAUCACGGACCUGAACGGUCGGCCCUUCAACUAUGGACGAGGCAGGCAACUGGCAGAUAACAUGGGCCUGGUGGCCACAUUCCCGGAGAUUCACUCGCGGGUGCUGGAACUUGUGCGGGAAGUCAGUGGGGGUGGGAGAGGACUCGCAGGGGAAGGGAUGUGGGAAGACCGUUGAGUGACGAAGAAAGAGGGGAAAGAAGAGGAAGGGAAGAGGGAGGAAGAGGGAGGGAAGAGGGAGGAAGAGGGAG